AUCAGUAAAGCCGCUUCGCUUCUCUGACUGCCACUGCCACUCACUCUCACCCUCACCCUCACCUCCUUUCCUUUUUCUUUUUCUUUUUUCCCUUUUUCGUCUUUCCCCUCCUUUACAAGACUUGUUCAUCUCUCUUUUCCGUCGCUCUCCCCACCCUCAUGGCUUUCUCUAUGGCUUCUCGCCGAAACCUGCCGCCACUCUGAUACAUGUCAGCCCCCUCGACCAGAAUAAAGAGAAGCCCAGAAAUGUCUGUGAUUACAGAAGGCGUCGCGGUUUUGAUGUUCUUAGCAAUGAUACUGAGCCUUGACCGAGUGAUCUCGGAGCCCACUCAGGACAAACAAGCGCUACUUGCUUUCCUCUCUAAAGUCCCACAUGAGCAACGCCUCCAAUGGAACGCGUCUGCCUCCGCCUGCUCAUGGGUCGGCGUAGAGUGCGACGCCACCAAUUCCUCCGUCUAUUAUCUCAGGCUUCCUGGGGUUGGGCUCGUCGGACAGAUUCCGGCAGAUACCCUGGGACGGCUCACUCAGCUCCGGGUCCUGAGCCUCCGGUCCAACCGCCUUUCCGGGCCAAUCCCGCCGGACUUCUCCCAACUCAAGCUCCUUCGCAACGUCUACCUGCAGAACAAUCAGUUCUCGGGUGAGUUCCCGCCGAGUCUCACCGAGCUGACUCGUCUCACCCGGCUAGACCUCUCCUCCAACAACUUCACUGGUCCCAUUCCGUUUUCCGUCAACAAUCUGACUCAUUUGACAGGGCUCUUUCUACAGAACAAUGGGUUUUCCGGAAAAAUACCGAGCAUCGCCCCACCGGGCCUCGUCAAUUUUAACAUCUCGAACAACCGUCUCAAUGGUUCGAUCCCCGCCGCGCUUGCCAAGUUCCCUGCAUCUGCAUUUGCAAAUAACCUCGAUUUGUGCGGCGGGCCUUUGCCGCCGUGCAACCCCUUUUUCCCUGCUCCGGCGCCGUCCCCUACAUUACCUCCAACUCUCAUCCCAUCACACGGGAGGAACAAAAAGCUCUCUACUGGCGCCAUUGUCGCAAUAUCAGUCGCCGGCGGAUUACUAGUUCUGCUCCUCCUGCUCGCCGUCCUUUUCCUUCUCAUCAGGAGAAGGAAAAAACAGGGAAGCACAAAACCCCAGAAACCUCCCGUAAUCCCGGCGUCAAGGGCAGUAGGGGAGGCCGGAACUUCGUCAUCAAAAGACGAUAUCACCGGGGGUUCGGCUGAAGGGGCAGAGCGGAACAAGCUGAUUUUCUUUCACGGCGGGGGAUACAGUUUUGAUUUGGAGGAUUUGUUGAGAGCUUCCGCAGAAGUGUUGGGGAAAGGGAGUGUCGGCACAAGCUACAAAGCGGUGCUGGAGGAAGGCACAACGGUGGUGGUGAAGAGGCUGAAAGAUGUUGCAGUCACCAAGAAAGAGUUUGAGCAGCAAAUGGAAGCGCUUGGAAACAUCAAACAUGAAAAUGUGCUACCUUUGAGAGCUUUCUACUUCUCAAAGGAUGAGAAGUUGUUGGUCUAUGAUUACAUGCCUGCUGGUAGCUUAUCUGCUCUUCUUCACGGUAGUAGAGGCUCUGGCCGCACCCCACUAGAAUGGGACAACAGACUGAGGAUAGCAUUAAGUGCAGCAAGAGGACUUGCCCACCUCCAUGUAUCUGGAAGUGUAGUACACGGAAACAUCAAAUCUUCCAACGUCCUCCUCAAACAAGACAACCUCAAUGCAUGUGUAUCAGAUUAUGGCCUUAAUCCGCUCUUCUUGAACUCAACAACCCCUCCCAAUCAUCGGAUCAUGGGCUACCGUGCUCCUGAGGUGCUUGAAACUCGGAAAGUAACAUUCAAAUCCGAUGUUUACAGUUUCGGAGUAUUACUGUUAGAGCUCUUAACUGGCAAGGCACCUAAUCAGGCUUCUUUGGGUGAAGAAGGGAUUGAUUUGCCAAGAUGGGUCCAAAGUGUGGUAAGGGAAGAAUGGACGGCUGAGGUGUUUGACGUUGAGCUAAUGAGGUACCACAAUGUAGAGGAAGAGAUGGUGCAGCUUCUCCAGAUAGGGAUGGCCUGUGUUGCCACAGUUCCGGACCAAAGACCGACAAUGCAAGAAGUUUUGAGGAUGAUUGAGGACAUGAACAGGGGCGACACUGAUGACGGGUUACGCCAGUCAUCAGACGAUGCACUGAGAGGAGGAUCAGACAGCCAAACACCCCCAACAGAGUCGAGGGCUUCGCCCCGUGGUUUCACACCUUAGACUAUGGCUCGGCUCGGCUCGACUGCAGCAUCUGUAUAAAUCUGAAAACAAUUGAAGGCAUGUUUGCAAAUAUAUGUAGUGGGGAAAAUUGGAUUGAAUUUCAAGCUGCAGAAUGGCGCAAGAUGGGUUCUCCUAGCUUUUUAUAUUCUUUUGGAAGGCUUUCUCCUUCUCUAGUUUGAUUGUGCAAUGAUUUUGCAUUUUUUUUUUCUUUUGGUAGAGCGUGAUAGUGACAAAAUUCGAAUUGUUUGGUGGGGUGGUGGGGUUUCCAUGAUCUAAGUGGAACUCACCAUGUCAUGGAUUUUACUUGUUCUCUCUCAUUCUUUUCUGAAUUGAUCCUUUAUUUUAGCAGAAGUCACCCGCUUCUUGCCAUUUCCUUGCCUAUUCCUCAUCUUUUCCAUUUCUUCUGUAUUCUUAUGUUGUUUUUGUUUAAGAUAUCAAUAUCAAAUGAUUCUCUUUUGUAAUA